AUGGAUAUCCAAAAAGCCGCCAAGUAUCUGAAAGAUGUCACUUUGAAGAAGCAGUGUGUGCCAUUCCGACGGUACAAUGGUGGAGUCAGUAGGUGUGCCCAGGCCAAACAGUGGGGCUGGACACAGGGUCGGUGGCCAAAAAAGAGUGCGGAAUUUUUGCUGCACAUGCUUAAAAAUGCAGAGAGCAAUGCUGAACUGAAGGGUUUAGAUGUAGACUCUCUGGUCAUUGAGCACAUCCAGGUGAACAAAGCACCUAAGAUGCUCCAACAAAUUUACAGAGCUCAUGGCCAGAUUAACCCAUACAUGAGCUCCCCCUGCCACAUCGAGAUGAUCCUCACUGAAAAGGAACAGAUUGUUUCAUAG